AUGGCAACUGACAGUUAUACCAACAUAAUGGAAUAUAAAAUUUCAGAGGUUUUGUGGAAAUACAUGUCGCCAUGUUUGAUGGUAGUUGGUCUGGUGGGUAACAUCUUAGUGUUUGUCGUCUUGUCCAAGUCAUCAAUGAGACAAACAACAACUUCUUUGUAUCUGAGAUUCAUGUCUGUGUUUGACGGUCUCGUUCUGUAUACGGGACUGAUGCGAAAUUGGAUCAUUCAUCUGAUUGACUAUGACGUUCGGGAAUAUAGCCCUGCUGUUUGUAAGAUUCACAUGUGGGCAUCCUACUGGACAACUUACUGUUCUGGGUGGCUCCUGGUGUCGGUAACUUUGGAAAGAUGUUUCUCCGUGUGGUUUCCUCACAAGGUAAAGAUGGUGUGUACCAAACGAAAGAGUUAUCUUAUCAUUAUCAUCAUCAUUUUGGUUAUGAUGACGUUGAGCGGUCACUACCUUUACGGACGCGGGGAUUAUGUUGAGACGAUAGACAAUGACACAAUCAUCUUUCCAUGUGACAAUAUCUAUGACGAUUAUGAUGAAUUUGAAAUCUUCCUUUGGCCAUGGGUGGAUUUUUGUAUAUAUGGCCUUUUCCCGUCGACCAUUCUUACAAUAUGUAAUAUUUCUAUCAUAUACAAAGUUGUCUCCAGCAGCCGUCAUAUUCUUCACAACGAUUCCUCCGGUGGAACUAGCAUCCAGAACAGAUCUGUGUCAUCAAGAAGAAAUCAGGCAUCAUCUCUAACCGCCAUGUUGCUCAUCACCAGUUUUACCUAUGUCGUCUGCACGACGCCAUUUUGUAUCUAUAUGAUAUAUAUAAAUACGCUUGACUUUGAUAAAUAUGACAGACCUCAAGAAUGGGCAGAUACGGAACUUGUGUGGUUGGUGGUAAACAUGUUGCAGUACUCAAACAACUGUAUCAAUUUUAUUUUAUAUUGUAUUAGUGGAAAACGAUUUCGUGACCAACUAUGUGCUUUGUGUUCUCGCCGGGCACGACGUCAUCCUGAGAUCUACAGCUUACGCAUUAGCAGCGCAGGCAACAACACAAGAAGCAGCAAUGCUGAUUCUUCGUUUUAA